UCAAAGACUCAAGACAGUAGCCGCAAAAUUGUUGAUCUGCCAUGGCCUCUGAAAAAUGUUUGGCCAAAGCUUGACAGGGUGGCACGCAGUCCCCGCAACUUCCUCCAUCACCACGGAAUUCAAUACUACAUAUAGAAAUUGGGAAGCUGUGCUCCCGGCCCAUUACCCAAAGGUCAAAUCAGGCUUUACAGUAUGAGAUUCUGCCCAUUUGCCCAAAGAACCAGGCUAGUGCUUCAUGCCAAAGGAAUCAAGCAUGAAACUGUCAACAUUCAUUUGAAAGACAAACCAGACUGGUAUUUUGAGAAGAACCCUAUGGGUCUUGUUCCGACACUGGAGACUUCAAGUGGUCAGGUGAUCUACGAGUCUCUAAUCACCUGUGAAUACCUAGAUGAGGUCUAUGGAGAGAAAAAGCUGAUUCCAGCUGAUCCUUUUGAGAAGGCCCAGCAGAAAAUGCUGUUGGACUAUUACUCUAAGAUGAUACAGUUAUUCUACAAGAUACCAACAGGGAAAAAUAAAGGAGAAGACAUUUCAGUACUGGAAGAGGAGCUGGAAAAUAAAUUUGUCUGGUUGAACAAAGAACUUGUCAAUAAGAAGACCCAGUUCUUUGGUGGAGAUGCAAUCACAAUGAUCGAUUACAUGAUGUGGCCAUGGUUUGAGAGGCUGGAGAUGUUCGGAUUGAAGCACUGUCUGGAUAGUACCCCUGAGCUGAAGAAGUGGACAGAGCGCAUGUCAGAGGAUCAGUCCGUCAAAGCCACCAUGCACCCCAUUGAGACACACAAGGCCUUUGGGAAGAGCUACUUUGAAGGGAAACCCGAUUUUGACUAUGGCCUGUAGAUAUGGCGGAUGUAACACUUAGCCCCUUGACCGUCCAGUUUGCUGAUUACAGAUUUCUUUUUUUAUGUUCCUUUAUCUGGCCAUUAUUUACAGUUGUAAAUAAUAUAAUUGUGCAGCUCAUAGGAAACUUUUAUAUUUCAAUUUAAAAAGAUUGCCAAUGUAUUUUCUUUGAUUAGAUUUCAUAAACUAGAGAAUUUACAGUAUGGUCGUACUACCUGUGUUUUUAAAGAACCUAAUACAAUGUGGAGUUUCGACUGUAGGUCAGUCCAAAUGGUAUAUCAGAACAAACAGUGAUGGACCUGGAAUCGUAUAGAGGGUCAUGGGUUCAUAUACAGGUGCUGGUCAUAUAAUUAGAAUAUCAUCAAAAAGUUGAUUUA